UUCGCUUUGUUUAUCCUCCUCCUCCUGCGAGGUUCUGAUAAAAAGAUGACCACGGAGUUCUCAAAAUCAGUGGACACCGGAAUUAGGCUAUCUAAACGUAUAUACUAUGGAAAAGAAUACGAGCCUCGCAUGUCUGCUCCGAAGCCGGCGAUAAGGACCAAGUCACCUUCACCGUCACCAUGUUCAUCCCCUUUGCCGACGAAGCAUCAUCCAACGGCGCCGAUGGUUUAUGCGAUGAUUACUGAACCUGAUAUAGUCGAUAAUCCUGAUAUCCGGAGCUACCAGCCUCACGUGUACGGACGUUGCAAUCCGCCGGCGUUGAUUCCUCUUCAUAUGUAUGAGAUUUCGAUGAAUAUGGAGUGUUAUUUGGACAUUGCGUUUGUUACUGUUUCCGGCACUUGGCACGUCCAUUGUGUCACUGCAAGUGCAUGCUGUGAUUGCUGUAUCGCGAUUCCCAUGGGUGAGCAGGGUUCAAUUCUAGACAUCAAAGUUGAGAGCACUAAAAGAUCAUAUUUCACAAAAUUGAUUGCUCAUGGAGGUGAGAAAGAUUCAGAUCGAAUAACCAAGGCAAAAGAUGGGUUCUUGAUGAAACGCAACACAUACACACUAAGAAUUCCUCAGGUUGAUGGAGGAUCCAUUAUCCAUGUCAAAGUUAGAUGGUCUCAGAAACUGGUGUAUCAAGAUAAUGAAUUCUUCCUCAGUAUACCUUUCACUUUCCCCUCAUAUGUUUUACCUUUGAAGAACAAAAUUCCUCAAAUGGAGAAACUUCUGGUAAAUGUGAACUCUGGUACUGGGACUGAGAUUACAUGCACUUCUACUAGUCACCCUUUAAAGGAGGUACAACGAAAGCCGGCUGGGGAAGCAAGCUUCUCAUACGAGGCAGAAGUUCCUAAAUGGUCCACUCAAGACUUCUAUUUUGCUUAUUAUGUAUGCUCGAAUGAGAUUUUUGGUGGUCUGCUGUUGCAUCGUCCAUCUCUACAUGAUUAUGAUCGAAGAGAUAUGUUUUGCUUUUAUCUUUUUCCCGGGGCUAACAUAAUUAGAAAGCAUUUUCGGAGGGAAGUGGUGUUUCUUUUGGAUAAAAGUGGUAGCAUGAGAGGUGAUCCGUUUGAGAAAUCUAAACAUGCAAUUAUAACAUCCCUCUUAAAGCUUAAUCAACAAGAUUUGUUUAACAUCAUAGCCUUCAAUGAAGGCAUUCAAUCAUUCUCAUCUUCACUGGAGUUGGCAACAAAAGAAACAAUCAGAAAUGCAACUGAAUGGAUGUGGAAAACAUUGGUUGCAGAAGGAGAUACAAACUUGAUGUGCCCACUGAAACAGGCACUUGAGAUGGUUGGUAAAAAUGGUGAACUUAUUCCUCUCAUUUUUCUCAUUACUGAUGGUACUAUUGAAGAUGAAAGAGAGAUUUGUAAUAUGAUGAAAUUCAGCCAUGUAGAUGGAUGCUUGAGUUCUCCCCGGAUUUUCACAUUUGGAAUAGGUUCAUACUGUAAUCAUCAUUUCUUGCCAAUGCUUGCUCACAUUGGAAGGGGAUAUUAUGAUCAUGCAUAUGAUGUAGAUUUAAUCGGUGAUCGUUUGCAAAGGCUGUUUAAUAAUGCAUUGUCACCUUUGCUUACAAAUGUAACCCUUGAUUCUUUAGAAACUCUCAAAUCAUAUGAGUUGUACCCAUCUCGAAUUCCAGAUUUGUUACCAAGAAGCCCGUUGAUUAUAUCAGGUCGAUACCAAGGCAAAUUUCCAGAACUUGUGAAAGUUAGAGGUUUGAUGACAGAUCUAAGUAGUUAUGUGAUGGAUAUUAAAGUGAGAAAGACUUCAAACAUUAACUUGGAUAGAAUGUGUGGUAUGAGGGAGGUGGAUAUACUGACAUCACAGGCAUGGUUAGACCAAAACAUAGAUAUGGAGAAGAAGGUUGCAAAAAUGAGCUUACAAAGAGGAGUUCCUUCUGAAUAUACUCGCGUAAUUCUAGUUCACAAAGAUAAAGUAAAGCCGGCCACCCUUCAAUCUCUUCUAUUAGACAAGAAAUGUUCAAGAUUGGGAAAUGAGAAGGUGAUAUACCUGAGGAAUCCAUGUGUUGGAUUUGGUAACUUAAAGGCUACUGCUGCAAAUCUACCUCCAGGAAUGGAAGACAUAAAGUUAAACGAAGCUACAAAAAUGGUGGUGGAGGCUGCAACAUCACGUUGGGGGAUGUUCAUCAAUUCAUGGUGUUGGAGGUGUGUCAAAAAGAUGUGGUCUCAACUCAAAAGCGAGCAUUGCACACUUGCUAUCGCACAGAUCUGCACUGCUCUUACUUGUCUUGAAUGUCUUGAUUGUUGUUGUGAUAUGUGUGAUUUGUGCAGCGCCCUAUGAUAAUUCUGGUAGACCAUUUGGGCUAUAAUUUAUGCCCAUUGGAUCAUCAUGAAUGUUGCAAGUUCUAGGAAAGUUAAAAGGGUCGUGAUAAGCAUAAAGCAUGGCUCGUGGAACGUGAUUUAGGUAGGUAACUGAAAGUACAAUGCUAUUACGGGUAAGGACAUGAGCAAGUGUUUGUGUAUUACUUUAGUUUCUCAAACAAAUAUUUUUUCCCUCUCGCCUAGAAAACCAACUUAUUUGUGACAUUCGAUGAUCCGCCCUUUUAAUAAAAUUAUACUUAUUUGCAUAAAGGUUUA